GUUCCUGACGGAGGACGGGAGGAAAAGUGAGAGAAAGUGACAGAUUUGUUUUGAUUUUCUCAGUUUUUUUUCUUUUAAGAGAUGUCUCGGUACCACAAAGCAGCGAUUGAUGGAUACUUGGACCUUUUGAAGGAGGCCACAAGAAAGGACCUGAACACUGCGGAUGAGGAUGGCAUGACUCCCACCUUACUGGCUGCUUUCCAUGGACAUGUCGAUGCUCUUCAGCUCAUAUGCAGCAGAGAAGGAGACCCCAACAGGAGUGACAUCUGGGGAAACACACCUUUGCACCUCGCUGCAGCAAACGGCCACAUGCACAUCCUCAGCUUCCUUGUCAACUUUGGCGCCAAUCUUUUUGCUCAGGAUAAUGAAUACCACACAGCCAUGGACGUAGCUGCCUCUCGUGACCGCAUGGACUGUGUGCGCUUCCUGGACUCUGCUGCCUCCAAGCAGACAAACCAAAAUCCAAAGAAGGUCGCCAAUCUGAAGAAGGAGGCGGUCAAAGAAGCAGAGAAGCGAGUGAAACUCUGCGAGAAGGUGCAAAAGAAGCACCAGAGUAAGAUGGAUAAAAUGCAGCGUGAAGCAGAUAAUACUGGGUCUGUGUCAAUGGCUAGCAUGGCAUCAGGAUUCUCAAACGGUGGCACCAUCAACAGUGUCAAUGAGCAGUUCUCUAAGCUGAUUGCUGUUGAAAAGUCCGGCUCUCUUACAGCCAGGGUUAAAGGCACACUGCAGAAGAGGCUGGGGAAGAAAGAGAAAGGCACACUGCAGAGAUCAGGAGCGGAUGGAAAUGUUAUUUUCCUCAAACAGGAGGGUGGAGCCUCUGACAAGCCAGAGUUUCUUGAUGUCUUCAAUGAGCAAGAAGAGAACAUGUUUGAUGACGAAGGAACAGCAGGUUUCGGAGAUUAUGACGACGAUGAAGAACCAGGCCAUGUCAAACAGUCUAUCUUCAACCGACCUGGUCUUGGAGGUCUGAUUUUCAUGAAGAAGAUGGGGCUGGAGUCAGACGACAUCCCUGGUGGGACCAAUGAAAGUCUCGGCUACCUGGUUCAGAACGAGUUAUUUGAGGCUGAGGAAGACGCUGGUGGCUUUGAGGAGACUGGUGAUGCUGAUCUGCCAUGGGAUCAGGAAGAUCUGGGACUGGAUGAUGAUGAAGAUGAGGAAACCUCUCCCCUUGAUGUAUUCUUGUCAGCCAUCUCCUUGCCAGAGUUUGCCCUUGCAUUCAACAGAGAGCACCUGGAUCUGGAGGCGCUGAUGCUCUGCUCUGAUGAAGACCUGAAGGGCAUUCGCAUCCAGCUGGGACCUAGGAAGAAGAUCUUGGAGGCUGCUGCACGAAGAAAGAACGCAUUGGAGGUUCCUGGUAUCAUGAAGGACAGCUGCUUGUGAUCUAAACAUGAACAAAGAUUGAUAAUCCUGCUUAAAAUUUAAACAUAUAGGUUGAUUCUCUUUUUUAAAAAAAUAUGAUUUUGCUAAUUCUUUCUCUGCUAAUGAUUACCACAAUUGGAUGUGAUCCAACCUGUACUUAUAUUCAUAGAUGGAAUAGGACUCUGCUUUGCUCUGUUUAUGCUACAACUGAUCACAAAAUGAGUUGAAGUGGCAAAAUAUCAACAACAGACUCUAUAAAUCCGGUUGAAACGGGAUGGGAAGAAUAGAAUUUAGAGAAAAUAAAAAAUAAAAUCUGUGAUCAUUGAUUUGGUUUUUAAAUUUUAAAAUUAGAGUGUACAUAAAAGAAAAGAACUGAUGGUAGCAGGGUCAUUUGCUGAUGUGCUGUUGUAUGUUUAUUUAAGAUUAUUUUGACUGUUUACAACAUAAUUGUGAAAUAAAUGAAUAAUAUCUG